GCCCCGGGCUGCUAAAAUCUAAAAUCCGGGCUUUGCUGUUCCCUUCCAGCCCAGCAGGCGGCGGAAACGGACCUCAGGUGACCCCCAGCGGAAGUAGAAGAAAAAAGGCUCAAGCAGCAACACGGACUUGCGAUCCGCCAUUAUAGCAAAGUUAGAAGUUAGAAAACGGUUGUUUUAUCGGUUCUCAGCUAAUAUUUCAGCAACCAUGUCUUCAGCUCAGCAUCUCAGAGAUUUUAUCAGAGAGAGACUAACUGCUGCUGCUGAAGAAAUCUUCACUGAGGUCGAAAAAACCAUCAUUUGCUACGAGGAGCAGCUCGAUGCUCAGCGCAGGAUGAUGGGGAUCAACUGGAAACCGCAGAUAAAACUCAACAGAAUCGGUUCGGAGCCGCAGAGACAAAGUUCUGCAGACGUCCUACAGCAACAUGUCUGGAAGGAUGAGAAAGAUCCGAUGCAGAAGGUCCAAAAGCGUCUUGAGGGGACGUCCAGUCUGGACCGGGAGGAACCAGAAGCUUCACAGAUUAAAAAUGAACCGGAGGAACUCUGCAGCAGACAGGAGCCUGUCAACCUUCUGGAGAAACCCAGUGGUCAGGACAGGGAUUUCCAUGAAGUAGAACCAAACACUAAAAAACUCUGUCAUAACUACUCAUCAUUAACAUGUGAUGUUUGUGGAAAAACCUUUAAAUCAAAGUAUAAUUCUCAGGUGCAUCACAGAAUGCACUUGGGUUUAAAGCCAUUUGUUUGUACAGUAUGUGGAAAAGGUUUCUCUCAAAAAACUCAUUUAAAGGGCCACAUAAGCAUCCACACAGGCGAGUGGCCUUUUUAUUGCAAAAUAUGUGGCAGAGGUUGUGUUGACCGUCGGCGCCUGAAUAAUCACAUGCGUACCCACUCAAGGGAGAAAUCAUUUACUUGUGAAAUAUGUGGGAUAGGCUUCACCCUGCUGAGCUCAUUGAACUCCCACCUGAGGAAACACAACAGAGAGAGACUAUUUUCCUGUCCAACAUGUGGUAAAAUAUUCACCCGCAAAGUUUCCCUCAAAGCUCAUGUGUGGGUACACACAGGUGAGAAACCUUUCUCAUGUACAGUAUGUGGAAUUAAAUUCAGGACAGCCAAUGGAAUGUACAGCCAUAAAAAAUCACAUAAAGACGAGGAAACAAAUCUGGUUUAAUGUUUUGUUUUUUAAAUGGGGUUUUGUAGGCAGCCAUAAUCCACACUAAUGGAUUAAAUAGACAUCUGGUAAUUUAGUUAUUGUCACCAUGGUGAACAUUUUCUUGAUGGUGAAAAUGUUCACCACUGAAAUUGCAGUGGAUUUUUUCUGAAGGAUAAAUAAUAUUUGGACAAUCAGCUUUCUCAUUUAUAACAGUAAAACAGAACUCCAACAGAAUUUAAAAAAUUAUGAUUUAAAACAGAAAAAUACUUUAAAACAGAAAUAACAUCAAUAAUUUGAUCAGUUAACAUAAUUAUCAGGAAAUUAGUAGUUUAGUCAAAUGUUCUGGAGAACCCAGGCUGGUUAGUGGCUGAUGGGAAUAGCAGGUUCUACCAGAACUUAUGUUCACUGUUUGAUAUUUGGACUUUUUAAAGUAAUUUAUAAUCUUAUGUUUGCUGUAUAGAUGCUCUGUAUUGUUUUCUGUAAAGCUGUUCAUGUUUUAGUGAGUCGGGGACGUUAGCACUGAUGCUAACAUCUGAUGUAAAUCAUAUUUUCCUUUGUGGUUAAUUUUGUGUUAUUCAUGGUUUUUGUUGAAUAAACCAGAAAUGUAAUUAGAAUCUUACUGCAUUUGAUAUAUUCAGCCGUACCUCCAACCUGUGAAGGAUUUUCAUGUGAAAUGAUGUUUUCAUUCUGAACUAAAGAUCAUCAUGUUAAUGAGGAGCCAGAGUUUAACCUCAGCCUCUUCAUGUUCCUGGUGUCCAGGAACAUUAAAGAAAGUCUCAACAGGUAAAGCUCAUUUUGAUGAUCCAUCCAGAGAAACUCUACUGAACCUUUAGAAAACUUGCAAUGUAUUUUACUUUGAUGAAACCAUCUUAGGGACAGCUGGUCGUAGAGAACAGUCCCAUCUUUGGAUAAUAAACAGACCUGGCAGGUUUGCUGCGUGGCCCCAUGUCUGCCGUUGGGAUGUAACAAAACACGUAAAUUAACAACCCGCCACCUCUGGUUCUGAUUUAUUUAAAACUCAGACAUGAUCUGCUGUGAAGGAUUACAGUUCCCACAUGUUCCCUCUUAAUGUUUGUGCUAGUGAACCAGAGCAACAGGUUAGUUUUGAACUCUGAUUCUUUACUGACUGAACUUCCAGUUCAGUCUGAUCAACUAAAACUCCAGGUCUGAAAUAUUUGAGUCAUAUUUAUUUGAUGGGAUUUGGUUGUGGUGCUCGUACCAAUUGCAGUGUUGAUUUUGAAACACAUUUUCCUGAUUUGUAAUUAUUUAUUACAGGGACGGUUCAUAUUAACAUUUCAGUCAUUAUAUCAGAAUUAACCAGAAGCAUGUAUUUUUUUCUCCACUGAAUAAAUGUCCUGAAAUCAAAGGUUUGAUUAUUAAAAUUUUCUAUGUAAAAUUGCGCUGUUGGGAUAAAUUAGAAACUAUUUUAAAGCUUUUGAACAUCUUUACCAAGGCUGCCAGUUAUUGUGGAGGACACUUUACCUUGCAAACUGAACCUCCUUUGAAAUGAAACGGUGCCAACUCAUUUUAGAUUAGUUGUGUAAUUCCUACAGUCCAGGAACAACCAGGUUGAUGCAUAAGAGAGUCAUCAAUUAAUUUAUAUUAAUAUCUUCCUUUGUCUCUGCAGACCUCCGAACUGUCUGCAUUCAGGACGAAGCUCCUACCACCUGGUUCUAGUUUACUCUUUAUCCCCAGAACCAAACCUGGAGGAGCAGCUUCAGUUUUUAUGUUCUUUUAUUCUGGAACAAACUUGGAAAGUUUAUUCCAGAAAACUGGAAAGCUGCUGAAACCCUAAGGUUCUUGAAACCAGUGGUGUCCAAAGUGGGCCCCUGAGGGCCGGGCCCCUGAGGGCCGGGCCCCUGAGGGCCGGGCCCCUGAGGGCCGGGCCCCUGAGGGCCGGCAUCCUGCAUGUUUAAUUCUCUCCCUGGUACCAACAACCUUUUCAGGAGGUCAAUGUUCUUCUUAGGCCUCUAACGAGCCAUGAUGUGAUCCAGGUGUGUUAAACCAGGGAGAGACUAAAACGUCCAGGAUGCCGGCCCUCAGGGGCCACUGUGGGCCCCCUGCUAUAAACUAAGGAUAGUCAGCUAAAACAUUGAGUUCCUUUAAAUCUAGACUAAAAACUCAGCUGUUCGAAGUUGCUUUUGAAACCUAAUCAUGAAACAUUAAUCAAUAAUCUGAUGUGCAGAAUGUAAUGUUGACUGUUUGUUUUAUGACUUUGUAAUUUUGUUUUUAUGAUGUAAAACUCUUUGAAGCUCCUUGUUGCUGAAAGGUACAAAUAAAGUUUGAUUAAUAGUUCCCAA